UUUCUAUAGGCUUUUGAGGAGCUUUCCAAGAUGAAGUCUUUCAUGCUUGCCAGCCUCCCUCUCUUAAUCCUAUGGUUUGGAGCCACUUACCAAAUUUCAUGGCCUCACACUUUGGUCCUGCUUUCUUUGCUUACUCUUGUUCCCUUCUUCGUAAACCUAUGGGUAGUUCCAGGAGGCUUUGCAUGGCGAAAUUAUUAUCAAAAUCCCAAAAAGCUUAGAAAUCUGAGUGGUCCUAUGGGUUGGCCCUUCUUGGGGUCUUUACCUAUAAUGGGUUCUCAUGCUCAUCGAAAACUAGCUGCGAUGGCCACUGUAUUAGGCGCAAAUCGUCUCAUGGCACUUAGUCUUGGCGCAACGCGUGUGAUAAUCAGUUCUCACCCAGAAACUGCCAAGGAAAUCCUAUGUGGGACUUCAUUUUCCGACCGUCCAAUAAAGGAAUCGGCUCGUUUGUUGAUGUUCGAACGGGCUAUGGGGUUCGCUCCGGCCGGGAACUACUGGCGCUAUCUCCGGAGGAUUGCUGCAACCAACAUGUUCUCCCCUAGAAGAAUUUCAAGCCUUGAGGGGCUUAGACAACGUAUAGCCAAUGGGAUGGUGGUGGGGGUGAUGAAUGAGAUGGAUGAGAGAGGGUUUGUGGAGGUGAGAGGGAUAUUACACAAUGGUGCUUUAAGAAAUGUUGUCGAGAGUGUGUUUGGGAGUGGUUUAGGGUUAGGAGAAGAGCUAGGAUUAAUGGUGGCAGAAGGAUAUGAGUUAAUAGGUGAAUUCAACUGGGCUGAUUAUUUUCCUUUGGGGUUUUUGGACUUCUAUGGGGUGAAGAGAAGGUGUCACAAAUUAGCAGCUAAGGUCAAUGAUCUUGUGGGUCAGAUCAUUAAAGAAAGAACACGAAGUGGGGAGUUCAGUGGGGGGAAUGACUUUCUUAGUGCUUUGCUUUCUUUGCCUAAAGAGGAUCAACUUAGUGAACCAGAUAUGGUGGCUGUCCUGUGGGAGAUGAUAUUUAGAGGAACAGACACGGUUGCUAUCCUUCUCGAAUGGAUAAUGGCUAGAAUGGUAUUGCAUCAAGAUAUUCAAGCAAAAGCCCAGAAAGAGAUCGACACGUGUCUCGGCAGCCAAAGGCACGUGCAUGAUUCGGACAUUCCGAAUCUCCCUUACCUUCAAGCCAUUGUCAAAGAGGUCCUCCGAUUGCACCCUCCAGGUCCAUUGCUCUCAUGGUCCCGCCUCGCGGUCCACGAUGUCCACGUGGACAAUCUCUUCAUCCCAGCUGGCACAACAGCAAUGGUCAACAUGUGGGCCAUUACCCAUGACCCGUCCAUCUGGAAAGAUCCAUGGGUCUUCAAGCCCGAACGGUUCAUUGAGGAAGGUGAUGGUUUUUCAAUGAUGAGCGGCUCGGAUCUAAGGCUUGCACCAUUCGGGUCGGGACGGAGGGUGUGCCCUGGAAAAGCACUAGGGUUGGCCACGGUUGAGUUGUGGCUUGCGAGGCUUCUCCAACAAUUCAAAUGGCUUCCAGCAGGUUCAGACCACCAACCAGUUGAUCUUUCGGAAUGUUUGAGGCUCUCUCUUGAAAUGAAGAAACCACUGGCUUGUCGUGCGGUUCGUAAGUAUGGUUCGUUAAUCGCUUGAAGUUGCAUGGUACUUUUAGCUUGAGAAACAAAAGUUUUUUUAAGUAUUUAAGUUGUACUUUGUAGAUGGUCGUGAUCAGUGUGUCUAGUUCAAGUGUGUUUGUAAUUUAAUUAAAAGUGUCUUUAGCAUGGAACAAUGUUCUUAACUCUCAGAGACAUAUGUAGACAAUGUAAGCUUGAG